UUUGUAUAUAUCAGAUCUUUAAGUAUUGGAGUGUUUAUUUGUAUCAAAUGCUCUGGUGUUCAUAGACGCCUUGGAGUGCACAUAUCAAAGACAGGUAUGGUUGAAUUUGUUGGGCUGGUUAAGGUGAAUGUGGUUAAAGGCACCAAUCUAGUUGUCCGGGAUAUGGUGACUAGCGACUCGUAUGUCAUUGUUGCAUUGGGUCAACAAUCAGUCAAGACCCGAGUAAUAAAGAACAACCUAAAUCCAGUCUGGAAUAAAAGCCUAAAGUUAUCAAUUCCAGAAAACAUUACUCCUCUAAAAGUUCUUGUGUAUGAUAAAGAUACUUUCUUAACUGAUGAUUUUAUGGGGGACGCGGAGAUUGACAUUCAACCACUGGUUGCUGCGGCCAAAGCCCGUGAGAAUUCUGAGAUUUGGGAAUCAAUGCAGCUUGGGAAAUGGGUAGCAAGCAAAGACAAAAUCCUAGUAAAAGAUGGCAUCAUCACCUUAAUAGAUGGGAAAGUAAAACAGGAGAUCUCUCUUAGGCUACAAAAUGAAAGAGGGGUGCAAGAGAUUGAACUUGAAUGUAUUCCUUUAACCCAAAAUAAUCCAUCAGAGCAUCUCUAUAUUCUUAAAUCUUAA